CUAGUGCUGUGUGUAAACUACAUCUGUCUAGCGCUUUGCUAAUUAGUGCGUCCAUUAACAUAAUCUGAGAAACAAUUAGCCUGAAAGGAGAUGAUUUACGCACACGCGAAUUAUCCGUAAUUCAUACGCCUUCGGUCUUAAGUCUUGAUCGGUGUAAUAAGGAUGCUACACGCUGUCAAUAAUCAAUGAAGUGUUUGAAUGAUCUCCUCUCCUCGUCUCCUCCCCUCAGAUGCGCUGCGCAUCAUCCAGCGCUCCGCUCCCUCACUUCAGCACUCGCGUUUCUCCAGAGCGCGUCUGAGCUCACCGGACGCGUCAUUUAACGCCAGCAUCUCGGUCAUUCAUCCUAGGCAGAGCGAGGCACACGCAGCGAAGAGGAGGAGAGGAACACGGACACUUCACGCAGACAGACGCGCCAGACAAGGUCGACUGAGCGCUACGAGCCCUUGUGUGUUUUGCGCUCUCUCUCCGCGCGUUGGAUUCCAGGAGUCUUAAAUCUGGAGGCGAGGACCCGGGGAUGAGCCUGCUGUCGGGGGGCUUCGGCAUGGCGGGCUGGGGGUUCGGUUGGGUUCUGAUGCUGCUCGCACUCUGGAGGCCCGGCACCGCUUGCCCGGAGCUCUGCACGUGUACGGGCGUGCGGAUCUCGUGUGUGGAUGCGGAGCGCAGUAUUAUGGCUUUUCCCAUGCUGCAGUCCGAGGCAGAGAUGGAGAAUAUCACAGACAUAUACAUUGUAAAUCAAAGCAGCUUGAAAUCCAUUAAUGAAAAAGAUCUCGACUCGUACCGCAACCUCAGAAACUUAACUGUAACAAACACGAGACUCGCGUAUAUUUCAAGACAGGCCUUUCAAAGCAACCUGAAACUACAAUAUCUGAAUCUCAAAGAGAACAAUCUGUCAAAUCUAUCCUGGAGGACGUUUCGGCAUUUAAACAUUUCAUACCUGUUGCUGGCAAGCAAUCCUUUGCAGUGCAUAUGUGAAAACGUGUGGCUGAAGCAGUGGAGAGGAGAGGAGGCCGAGGACCUGCUGUGUGUGGAGGAGGGAGGAAUGAGGAGAGCGCUGUCUACACUCACACUGCCCAACUGUGUUCUCCCUACUGUGACUCUCAAACCCACUAAAGUGACCAUGCAGAAAGGGUUAAAUAAGACGCUGGUGUGCAACAGCUCAGGAACGCCCACACCUACUAUGAACUGGACCACCUGCAAAUUAAAUUCAACUUACGAGCACGAGCACUCAGGUCAGAUGUCAACGCUCAGACUCAUGAACGUCUCUUCCCUGGACAACGGAUGCAAAAUCACCUGCAGGUCGGAGAACAUGGUGGGAGAGGCUGAGGCCUCUGUGGAUCUGGACAUACUGUUUCCACCUAUAAUCAGCAAGCUGAUGGAUGCGGUCUCAGACCACCACUGGUGCAUUCCCUUCAGCGUGUCGGGCAACCCAGAGCCCAAACUGAGCUGGUUAUUAAACGGCAAAGCUGUGGAGGAGGGACCAUUUAUCCGGACCAUGAUCCACGAUUACUCAGAGGGCGAAUACCACGGGUGCUUACACCUGGACAGUCCCACACACAUAAACAACGGAAAAUACACACUGCUGGCCAGUAACUCAUACGGAGAGGACCGCAAGGCAGUGUUUGCACAUUUCAUGCAUGAGCCGUGGAACGAAUCAGUUACUGAUCCACUGUAUUAUGAUCCCACUACAGAUGACACCCCUCUUGGACCGCCUGAGGACAAAGUUGCUGUGUACGUGGUCGUGGGAAUCGCGGCGGUCACAUUCACAGGCUUCAUCUUGAUGCUCGUCAUUCUGAAGUUUGGACGCAACUCAAAGUUUGGAAUCAAAGGUCCUUCCUCAGUCAUCAGUAAUGACGAUGACUCUGCCAGUCCUCUUCAUCAUGUGUCUAACGGCUCUAACACUCCCUCGUCCUCUGACAUGAACGCGGACGCCGUCAUCAUUGGCAUGACCAAGAUUCCCGUCAUAGAGAACCCACAGUACUUCCGCAGCACCGGCAGUCUGCUCAAAUCUGAUACUUUUGUUCAGCACAUUAAAAGGCACAACAUUGUACUGAAGAGGGAACUUGGAGAAGGAGCGUUUGGGAAAGUGUUUCUGGCAGAAUGCUACAACCUGUCCACAGACCAGGAGAAGAUCUUAGUGGCUGUCAAGACUUUGAAAGAGGCCAGUGAGAACGCCAGGAAGGACUUCCAUCGUGAGGCAGAGUUGUUGACCAAUCUGCAGCACGAACACAUUGUCACGUUCUACGGAGUGUGCGUGGAGAGCGAUCCCCUUAUUAUGGUGUUUGAGUACAUGAAACACGGUGACCUCAACAAGUUCCUCAGGGCUCAUGGUCCUGAUGCAGUCCUGAUGGCUGAUGGACAGGUGCAGCAGCAGGCAGAGCUCACUCAGUCUCAGAUGCUGCAUAUUGCACAGCAGAUCGCCGCAGGCAUGGUGUAUCUGGCUUCCCAGCACUUUGUUCACAGAGACCUGGCCACACGAAACUGCCUAGUUGGGGAGAAUCUCCUGGUGAAGAUCGGAGACUUUGGGAUGUCCCGAGACGUCUACAGUACGGAUUACUAUCGGGUUGGAGGUCAUACCAUGCUCCCAAUCCGCUGGAUGCCACCAGAAAGUAUCAUGUACAGGAAGUUCACCACAGAGAGUGAUGUCUGGAGUUUGGGAGUGGUGCUGUGGGAGAUCUUUACCUACGGGAAACAGCCCUGGUACCAACUGUCAAAUAAUGAGGUGAUUGAGUGUAUCACCCAAGGUCGGGUACUGCAGCGACCCCGGACCUGUCCGAAGGAGGUGUAUGACUUGAUGCUAGGAUGCUGGCAGAGAGAACCACACACCCGACUCAACAUUAAAGAGAUCCAUAACCUGCUCCUCAACCUGGCCAAGGCAUCACCGGUGUAUCUGGACAUACUGGGAUAAGAGAGCACGUGCCACAUGUGGGACUGGAAGUGGAUACUUGAAACUGUCCCCUCCUCUAUCCCACCCAAAAUCUCUUUCUUCUACA